GCACAUCCCAGUCCGUGAACCAAUCAUGGUGAGAGGGCUGGAUUGACGCCCCGCGCAAGGUGUGCUGGUCCGCUUGGGUUCCAGUUCAUUCCAGACGCAGGAUCCAGUCUCUCACCAGUCUCAGGAAAAUGAUCAGAAUCCCCAACGUGACCAGCGGCACCGCCUGGCGCUCCAUGAGGCGCAUGCAAGUCACAACUCGCGCUGCGACGACGUCAUCACAGCACGGACCGACUUCCCAGCAACCACCGCGACGACGGGCAUCCCCGCAAGCACCAUGGCAGCCGUCCCAGCAAGCCUUGCCUACCCGUGAGCCUUCCAAGCCCACAGCCCUCCCAUGGGUCGACUUUGCCGCCCCAGAUCCGACUAAAAAGGCGGGAAAACCACAGAAAAUCACUUUCCUCUGCAACUCCUUCAACGGUCUGUCCCAGCGGCUGUACCUGGAGCUGGUGUCACGUGGCCAUCACGUGACUGUGCACGAGAACCCACGUGGCGAGGAGAUGACGAAGGCGGCAGAGGCGGACAAGCCGGACCUGGUACUGUGCCCAUUCCUGACCCGCCGGGUCCCGCCCAGCCUGUACAACAACCCGGCCCGACCCGUCCUCAUCGUACAUCCGGGCAUCCCCGGGGACAGGGGGCCGUCCUCCAUCGACUGGGCACUGAAGGAGGGCGCCACCGAGUGGGGCGUGACUGUUCUGCAGGCAGCAGAUGAGAUGGAUGCCGGCGACAUCUGGGCAGCCUGCAAGUUUCCCGUGAACCGCCAGGCGACCAAGUCUAGUCUGUACGGCAAGGAGGUGACCAAAGCGGCGGCUCUGGCAGUGCAGGGGGCCUUAGAAGCCCUGGAACAAGGCACGCCCCCCACCCCGCUAGACUACUCACACCCAGAGGUGAAAGGUGAGCUGAGGCGGAAGCUGACAGCCGAGGACCGACAGGUGGACUGGACACAGCCAGCCGAGGACGUGGCGAGAGUUGUGCGCGCCUGCGACUCCCAGCCAGGCGCCAUGGGCCUGCUCCGUCUGUCUGUGCAAGGCCAGCUGCAGCAGCAUGAAGUUUUGCUGUUCGGCGCAUGUGUGGAGGGAAAUCGUGACAUGGUGCGGCAACUGAAGGAGCGGGCGGGGCAUGCUACCCCUGGUGACAUCAUCGCGAGAAGGAACAGUGCUGUCUUGGUGGCCUGUAAAGAUCGGGAAGAUGCCAUCUGGAUCUCCCAUCUUAAAACCCCCCCCCCACAAGAAAACUGUCCCGCCCUCGCAGGACUCCCCCAGAGAAGCAGCCUGAAGCUUCCCGCAACGUCUGUCCUGCCUUGUGCUGACGUCCCUCCCCUUCCUGUCAGCCACUCCGACCCCCUUCCUUACGGGACCCGACCUGAGACUUUCCAGGACGUCUGGACGACGCGCCAAGACGGCGUCUGUUACGUGCACUUCGACUUCUACAACGGCGCGAUGAGCACGGACCAGUGUAAGCGGCUGGAGCAGGUUCUGUGGGACGCGGAACAGGAUCCAGACUGCUCCGUGGUCGCCUUGAUGGGCGGGCACAACUUCUUCAGCAACGGAAUCCACCUGAACGUCAUCGAGAGCUCCGAAUGUGCCAUCGCCGAAUCCUGGGCUAACAUCACAGCCAUCAAUGACGUGGUGAAGGCAAUAUUCCGGAUGCGGAAUAAGGUGACGGUUUCAGUGCUGCAGGGGAACGCGGGAGCUGGCGGUGUCAUGAUGGCGCUUGCUGCAGAUCGGGUCGUGAGUCACGCCGGUGUGGUGCUGAACCCACACUACCGCAAGAUGGCGCUGUUCGGGUCCGAGUACUGGACCUACUCCCUGCCGCAAAGGGUGGGAUUCCCCAUGGCAGAGGAACUCACCACCCGACUCCAGCCAGUGCUCGCCCCAGAGGCCUGGGACAUGGGCAUGCUGGACGACGUGAUCGGGUCGGAUGCGGUCGAGCUGAACGCCCAGAUCCACCUGAAGUGCCUCCGUCUGCAGGCUGAGGCCGGAGAGAUCCUGCGGGUCAAGCGGGCGGCCACCUCGUCCCUCUGGUCCAUCCUAGAGCAGCACCGUCAGGAGGAGCUGGGGUACAUGCGGCAGUGCUUCCAGGACAAGGAGUACCACGCCAGGCGCAGGAAGUUCGUGUACCACUAGCCGCAACCAGGAGAGACACAUACAGAACACGCAACAUCCGCACAACACGGAGAAAAAAGCACACUACAGUGAUGAACAUCCACAAAACUUCAGGCUACCACAACUUUUUAAGUCUACCUCCGUUUGGAGAUUGAACCACACCAUGCCAGGCACAGAAAGUUUAUGUAUCACAAGCUGCAACUGGGAGAUGUAACGUUACAGAUAGACAUCCACAAAACCAUCCAAGUGUCAGUGCACUAACGUAACCUACCUCAACUUUUAGAUCUACCUCAAUUAAGGGAACCACACCAGGUGCAGGAAAUUUGUGUACCACUAGAUACAAGGAGCUUCCUCCUGUCCGAGUGUUUGACGUAAGGCUAGAGAACUUAGAGGCCAACUUAAAGUAAGAAGGCCUGAAUGGAUUUUAACGGUAUUUGAUAUGCGGGUAGGUCAAGAAGAUAAAAUAUGGAUGUCCGUUUUAGAUUUUAAGAUUUUUUUCAAGAAUAAACAUUACAACCACAUGUCAGAAAAA